AGCACUCAGAUAAAUCUUUGCGUUGACGCUUUGCUCCACAUAAGUGGGCGGGGCCAGCUUUGACAGACAGACAGCUUGUCCUGUAGCUGCAAGGCAUCCGCUUAUUCAUCCCGCCUCUUCCGGUUUGUCUUCUAAUACCUGGUGUAUGAACAGUAGUCGUCGUCCAAGUCCAGAAAAUCCGACGACUUCACUGAAGUGACAGGGUGAAGGUGAUGGCAGCUCAGACAGACAGAGUGAUGAUGCUAAGUGAAUGGGAGGACAAAUGGCAGGAAGGAAAGAUUGCCUUUCACCAACCUCACAUUCACCAAAUGCUAAAGGACAAUCUAGACAAAAUCUUGUGUGGACGGCAGCAGGUUCGGUUUUUCUUCCCUCUCUGCGGGAAAGCCGUAGACAUGAAAUGGCUGGCAGACAUGGGUCACGUGAUCGUCGGGGUUGAGAUCUCUGAGAAAGCGAUAAAGCAGUUUUUCGAAGAACACAGUCUAGAGUACAAAGAAGAGCCAGUGCCAGCUAUACCUGGAGCAAAGGUGUUCAAGAGCUCUGAUGCAAAGAUCUCCCUCUAUCAGUGCGAUUUAUACAAGUUCUCCAGUACUAUAGAGGGUCAGUUUGGAGGGAUUUGGGACAGGGGAUCUCUGGUGGCCAUAAACCCAUGUGACAGGCCAAAGUAUGCUGCUCUCAUCAUGUCCUUGAUGGAAAAAGACUGCAGGUAUUUAUUGGCUACACUGGAAUAUAACCCUGAAUUGUGGAAAGGGCCACCAUUUGUUGUGCCUGAAGAAGUUGUGAAAAGUUUAUAUGGUGAUGCUUGUGACAUUGAGUUGGUGCAGAGUAAAGAUGCCUUUGAAGAAAAACAUAAAGCAUGGGGAUUAGACUCGCUUCUAGAGAAGUUGUACCUGCUAAAUCUAAAAGCCAAGUUGAACUAACAGACUUUUAGGAAUGAUGUCUUAGCAAGUGAAAAUGUUUUAGAUAUUCAGUUGUACAGAUAGAUGGAUAAUGAGUCUUUAUUUGUCACAUAUACAUUACAGCACAGUGAAAUUAUUUUUUCUUCGCAUAUC